AUGGGUUCACGGCGCUGGAUCCAUGCGCAGGAAAUCAGCCCUGGGGACAUUUCCUUCAUGGAGCCCGCCGAAGAACCAGUCAUGGGCUCGAGCAGCGCCUCGCAUGGGACCAUGGAGUUCGAGGGAACUGGCGAUUUGCCGAAGUGCUUCUGUGAGGCGAGGCACGUUGACACCUUUUCACGCGCACGGGUGGUGAAUUUCAUCAAGCGCUUCUCACAGGGGGCGGUGGCGAGCAGUAAUGAUGUUUUCCAAGCCCGGGAAGUGGACCACGAUGAUGGCUCUUCGAUGUAUCAUUGCCGAGUGCGGUUGCCGUUUGAGAGUCACUUGGGCGAGCUGUGGGCUCACGGUGUCGCGUGCAAUAGCAAGGACGCGGAGAUGCUUGCCGCGAUGCACGCCGAAUACAUCAUUGAUGAGUUUGGUUACCACAUCUACACACUUCCCUCGAUGCAGCGCAAGCACGCAGAGGCAGCGCGCAAGGCGGGACGAUGGGCGCCGUUGCCUGACGACGUUGACAGGGCAAAGGCGAAUGUCCGUAUCCCAUUGCCGCUUCGCCGCAUCGUGGAUCGCGAUGAGACGGAGGGUGGUAAGUGGUUAUUGCUUGAUCUGCGACCAAACCACUACAUGGCACCGUUUCACACACUACUCUCGCCAUGUUUAUUUGAUCCUGCUGCCGUUCAUCGCAUAAAAUCUCUCUUUGAGGAGCACAAAUUGUCGUUUGCGCAGUUGUGUACUUCGCUGGUGGAAGAACCGCUGGAGAAGAACGGUCAGACGUAUUAUGUCGCCACAGUUGUUCUGCCUGUGGAGCUGACGACUUUUAACGAAAUCAAGGCGCAGGGAAAAGCAUUGACGCGCGAGGCAGCAGUAACACUCGCUUGCAUGCAUGCCGAAUUGGCACUAGACGUUCAUUCCAUUUGUUUAUUCCCUUCGGACCCUGUACGACAGAAACAGCAUGCUCUAGCGGCGUGGAGUUACGGGCGUCCCGCACCUCUUCCUGGUGAAGAUCAUAAGGACCCCUCGCGUGUUAUCUGUCCUCUUCCUCUUAAGGAACUUGCCGUGAAGCGUGAGGAUCGUGUCUCUUGUAUGAGUUACGAAGAGGACCUUGUCCGACGUCACCGGGCGCUGACAGAGCAGACAUGCGAGCUCAUUGAAACCUCUAUCCUCGAUCAUGAAGCAACAGAGAAGCUGAAGGGAUUUCUUAAACGGGAGAAGGUGCCGAGGACAGACCCAUUCUUUGUUGAAGAAGUGCAGGGGUAUUACAAGGCAACAGUUGUGCUUCCACUCCCUGACUUGUUUGGUGUCCGGGGAGGUGUAGGCAUUGCCAUGAACGCCGCCGACGCCGUUGUAUUGGCUGCAAUGCAUGCCAUCGAUGUUAUCAAUCUACUUGGCUUCCAUGUUAUGGACGAGGAUGGAGUUCGAAGCAACUGGAUUGCAUCCCGCGUAAGCCGUGGUGAAUCCACUCCGGCUGCAAAACCGGAUCCUUGUCUGACAAGUCCUCCAGGUAGGCGAAGGCUCGGUGCGACCAGCUCUUCCGCCACAAUGAAUAGUGGCAGCAACAAUAACGACAUUAGCAACAGUCCAACUGCUGUAGUACAAGAAUCAGAAGCGGUACAAGCACCAAAGCGACGAGUGGUAAAGAGAGCGCGAGCUACUGGUAGUGUUGAUGCUGUGGGGAAAAAGAAUGAUGCAUCUGGGGCAGGUUCUGAAGCAGAAUAUCUAAAGGUGCGAGAGACUGUGUCUAAGGAGUUGUGGGACCUUCAGCCUGAUAGUCCUGAUGGCUACAUCAUGGUAGCACCGACAGACCCAGAGACACGCACUCAAUACGAGCACGCACUGUACUCGCCUCGUCAGAUUGACCCCUUUGCCAAGGUUCGAAUUAAAGGUUAUCUUGCAUCCCUAGGGAGGCGAGCUGAAGAAGCAUUCUUUGUGCAGCGAAUUGAAGCCGAAGACAAUGGUGGGCAACAGAUAUGUCGUUGUGCAUUGAAUUUACCCGUGCCACGACAGUUUGGGGAUCGCAUAGCGCUUGGAGAAGCAGUCGAUCCUAAAGAUGCAGAAAAUCUCGCGGCUAUGCACGCAGAGUUAAUUCUUGAUACACUUGGCAUCCCUGUCUACGCGGAUCCUGUUCUGCAGCGGUACCAUGCUGAUGUGUGUGCGAAGAGUGGUCGCUACGCGCCGGCGGAUGGUGCAAGUAAAAUUCCCCCCACAACGCCGUCGCCAGCACCCCUUCGCCGUGAGGUGGUAGGGUCUAUUCAUUGGGAAAACCAAACGAAAAAAAAGCGAAGUUCCAUUGUAGUUUCCAAGGCGAGAACAGCAAAGGACACACAGAGUACGGCGACAACCACUCUGGACGAAGAAAAAGAGCCCGAAGCGGCCCCAAAGGAAAGACGAAACUACACAUUUGUAGCGGAAAAGGAAUUGGAUCUUUUGUGUCGUCCACGUGUGCAGUACUAUCUGCGCCGUAAAGGCGUUAUGAAACUUGAGGCAGAAUUCCGCAUGGAGUUACGUGGGCUGGGAAAUGUGUUGCACGUUGCGGAGUUUGCAGUUCCUGUCCCAGCUGAAUUUGGUAAACGUGUUGCACACGGUUCAGCAUUGACCAAGCGUGACGCAGAGAUUCUGUGCUGGAUGCACGCUGAGCAAAUAAUUGACACGCUGGGAUUGUGUCUUUUUGACAACCUUCCUGGGCUUCAGAAUCGACAUGUCGAACGAGUGCGUUGCCUCGGCAGGUGGGCACCGCAGCAUGGUGAAAAUGCUGUGAAGCCACACGGCACACCCUCGCCGCUGCCGCUGACGCUUGGGACGGCUCCAGAGAAGCCGCCGUUCCCAACUGUGCCGUCGAACCUCCUUCAAGGAUGGGACAAGUAUAUAGAGGAGUGCAGACGUUUCAUUGAAGUGAAUAGGGCUCGGGAGGACAACAUAUACUACGAGAUGGAGAAAAAUCCCCGCACAGGUGAUGAGGUGUAUGACGCCGCGCUGGAAGAGGUGGAGUCGGCCCCUGUCGAUGUGGACGCUAAGCAAACCUUGCAGCGGUACUGCAAUGCUACCAACAUUGUAUAUCCCGUCUUUUGGAAGUCACGAAUGGUUGGUCCUGUUUCUUGCCGAGUUUGUCUGACGACUGUGGAAGUCCCUAGCUAUCCGCACAUUGUCGCGAGUGGUGUAGCAGCCAACAAAGAGGCAUCGCAACGUCGUGCAGCGAUGCAUACCCUCGCUUUGCUGCGACGCAUCGAUCCUGACUUCCAUGAGAUUGAAAAGCAACUCAAGGCUGAAACAAUGGAGAAUGUUUCUCUAGUCAAUCCAUUAUCUCUGAUUGAUGAUGAUGUGGCACCGGUUAAACGCACGCCAAAGGCGAACAAGAAGCGUCUGGGCAGCUGGGACCCUGUCGCAAAGGACUUCUCUCAUGAGGGAAAGGUGCGUAUCAUUGAGCUAUUUACUGUCUGUUUUGGACUGUCGCCGCCGCGUGUGCGCCACCUCAACCGCCGUGAAGGGGCACUUGUGCACCAUGUCACCACCGUCGAGGUGACGGACGAGGAUGGGAAGCUGUGGAUCGGGGAGGGCUACGAUGCCGGGCCUCGUUUUAAUGAGCCGGCUGCCUACGAAAGCCUCUUCUCAAAACUGUCGCGUGGUGUCCCUGGUUUUCAGGCACUGAUGGACCUCAUCCGCAAUCAUCGUCACCUUGACCCCGAACACAUCGCUAACGUGACACUUACAGAGGCGCAGAAGGAAAGAAUUCACCGCGUGCUGGAUGGUUUGCCUGAUAUUGAGGAGGAGGAGGUCGCAACACCACAGCAGUGGUCGGAUGCAGAAGGCGAAGUAAUUGGUCUCUUAUCACGUGUUGCUAUGGAUGCAUCGCAGCGCGCGCAAGAAUCACAAGAUCUUCUGGAGAAGUUACAAAAUAAACUUACGGAUGAAGAGUAUCUAUCCAAGUAUGCUGCACAGAGACAGCGACUGAGCAUAUAUGGUAAGCGAGAGGACAUUUUAAAUGCCAUUGAAAAGAACCAGAUUGUGGUUAUCUGUGGUACAACAGGGUGUGGUAAGACUACUCAGAUACCGCAGUACAUACUGGAUCGAAUGACGGAAAAGGGUGAGGGUGGUGAUUGCUCAAUCGUCAUUACGCAACCUCGCCGGUUGAGUGCCGUCUCCAUUGCGCAGCGUGUGGCCGCUGAAAGGUUGGAACGUAUUGCUGAAACGUGCGGCUACGCAAUUCGUUUAGACAGUAAACCAGGGCGUAACAUCAACUUCUGCACAUCUGGCAUCCUCCUCCGCAUGCUGCAUACGACCCCUCUCUUGAAUGGGAUAAACUAUCUCAUUAUUGAUGAAAUUCAUGAACGGGACAUCAACUCUGACUUUUUGCUCAUCCUUUUACGUCAGCUGCUGCGCCGUCGGAAAGACCUUCAUGUCAUCUUGAUGAGUGCUACAUUACAGGCGGAGCAGUUCGGCAAGUAUUUUGACGGGGCACCUAUUAUCAAUGUGGAGGGAUACGUGCACCCUGUUCAAGAGUUGUACGUGGAGGAUCUGGUUCCGAUUGCCGCGGAGCAAAAAGUUAUGCCACCCCUGUUGAAGGAGGCAGCAGCCACACUCGAUAAAGAAGGAAACAGUGCUGAUGGUGUUUCCGCGUCUGCGGCUUCGAAUUUGGACAACAUCGCCCCGAUGGCCACUGCCAAGUACGGCUUUCUGGAGGCCACAUCGGAGAUUGAUUAUAUGACUAUCCAGUUUGCUAUUGAUCAUGCUGUUCGUUCCCUCGACUUAAGAAACUCCUCUAUUUUGGUGUUUCUUCCCGGGUGGGACGAAAUCACUAAGGCGAAGGAGAUACUUGAGCGCAACCCGAAGUUUCACAUUAUAUGCUUACACUCUUCGGUUGGUACAGAGGAGCAGACGCGGUGCUUUUUGCCAGCCCCCGAAGGAAAGGUUAAACUGAUUCUCUCCACAAACAUCGCCGAAAGUGGCGUGACGAUCGACGAUGUGGCUGCAGUCAUAGAUGUUGGGCGGGCAAAGGAAAAGUCGUAUGUGAUGCGGAAAGGAACCACAUCUGUUGGUCGUAAUGAAAUGAGUUCCAUGUCUCAACUUGUAACGGUGUAUGCCAGUCGCGCAAACUGUGUACAGCGUCGUGGUCGUGCGGGGCGUACAAGGCCCGGCAUGUGCAUACGUCUUUACUCGAAGAAACACUUCCAUACUGUGCACGAUUUUCAAACCCCUGAGAUGCUUCGCACUCACCUUGAUGCUCUGUGUCUGCAGAUCCUUGCACUUGGUCUGGGAGAUCCGGCAGAGUUCUUGCAGCAGGCUAUCGAACCACCCUCUCCAGACCAUAUUGAGGCGGCUAUGUUGCGUCUACAGGAGCUUGGGGCGACGACAUCAAGGCGCCAACUGACACCUCUCGGACUGCGGCUUUCUCGCCUGCCUGUGGCGCCGAAGGUGGGCAAGAUGGUCAUCAUGGGAGCAAUCCUCAAGUGCCUGGAUUCGGCAUUGACCAUUGCUGCUGUGACUGACACGGAUGUCUUCAUGAGCGCGCGCGAGCACCGAGAGGCCGUACGUCUGCACAAGGAGGAUCUCUCACGGAACACACAGUCGGAUGUGAUUGCUUCAGUGAAUGCCUUCAACUUCUGGGUGGUUGCACACCACGAGAAGUCACCAGCGGAAGUUGUGUAUGACCUCCAGGAGCGAAUGCUGAGUGUUCCCCAGCUGCUAACUGUGUCAAAGUAUAAGCGGCAGUUCUUUGAAAUUAUUAUGAACAGUGGAUUCCUCGGCGCCGGCGUUGGUGUUCGACGUGAAAAGGAUGCCUCGCGUGCGGACAUUUUCGUUGAACAAUCUGAUUGUUCCGCUGAUGCGCUCAAUGUUGGUUUAGUGAAGUGCGUCAUUGCAUCUGGUCUAUUCCCGAAUGUUGUCAUGAACAGAGGCAAGCGGCUAAUGCGCAACAAGCUCGCGGAUCGACUGACUCCAUCCUCGGUCUCUGUAGUGCAUCACACCUCUCAGGAGGACAUUACACACCCUUUUUUUGUUUAUGAUGAGUUAGCGAAGUUGUCGGACUCGGACCGUUUGCAUGUGCGUGGCCUCACAAAUGUGCCGUUGUGGACGAUUCUCCUUAUGGGCACCAGUAGCAUGCCUGUUACGUACCGCGAUGACCUGAACCUCGCUGUGGUAGAUGAGUGGAUUAUGUUUCGUGCCACAUUUGGCACACUGGAGCUGAUUCGCAAGUUCAAACGUGCCCUAAACGUUUGCCUUAGCCGCAAGUUCACCGAUCCAGAUAACAAAGAAAACAACGAGAAGCUGGAAGAGUUGCGCUGCGUCAUUAAGGAGCUUGUGAGCACUCCGUUCAAGCCAAAUGAUUUGUCCGAGAAGGUUUGGGAAGAGAAAGGUGUCAUGAUUGAGCCACGGACCCAGGCAAAGGAGGAGCCAGCACCAAAACAGGAGGCGUCGGUCACAACGAGGGACGAAACAGCAGCAACAAGAGAGACAGAAGUGGAAUAA